AUGACCACAACUUCGGACGAAACUCUUCUGCCUCUGUCGCCUAUGGACGCGGUGAUGCAGAGCUUCGGCUUCGUGAUCCUGUACAUCUUCCCCCCUUCCUCCUCCCCAUACGACCUCGACAAGCUGCAGUCAUCCUUCACAUCCCUCGUAGAGCAAGACUACCCAAUUCUCAUCGGAGAACUCUACGUCGACCCAAAAACGGGGAGUGUCAAUGUGAAACAGACAGCACAGUCCCUUGAAAAGGGGGCAGCAGGGAUCCUAUUCGAGACGAAUCCACGGAAUCCCAUGACGACGGAGCAGGCGAUAAAGGAGCGAUCAUGGGACUUAAUGCCGAUUAAACGAGGUGAAACAGAGCUAAUUUGUGUCAAGGGGACAUUGCUAGAGGACGGAGGACUGGUUAUUGGGAUCAAUACUAGCCACACGCUGUUUGACGGUGAAGCCAUGUUCACCUUCAUGGCGGUGUGGGGACAGCACUACAGCGGCGUGAACAAGGAGCAGAGACUAGUAGUAAACCAUGAUCGACACUUACUUAAGGGAACUGGUGAACCGUCGAAGAUGCAACAUCCAGAGUUUCGUGUUGAGGUAACAACUGGAGCGAAACAUGGAGCUCAAGUGCCACCCGCUACAACUCAUGAGUUGUUUCAUUUUACUCCUAAAAUGAUGAGUAAAAUCAAAGAAGUAGCCACUCGCGGUGGAUUAAAAGACGAUGUCGCUGCGCUGUCCUAUGUGAGCACAGUCGACGCCACCACAGCACUUUUCACGGUCUUGAUAUCCAGAGCUCGUGGUCAUGGUCAAGAUGUGAGAAUUACGACUGGAGUUAACGCUCGUCGACUGAGUUGCAGCCAAACGGAGAAGAGGGAGUUUCUCCAGCAACACUAG